AUUACCAAACAUUUGUGCUAUAAACACGCUUCGUAUACUGUUUUAAGUAAUUAUUUUAGUUUUAGCAGUUAUUAAGAUCUAGAAGAACCAUGUCUUGCUCCAAGUUGAGGAAGUUUGCUCAUGCUGAUGAGUACAAGUAGAUCUACAACGAUGGUGUUGCCUUACAAUUCAAGUUCUCCAUGGGAGCAAAUUUGGCCCUGAGAUCUGUUGACUUCAAAAAUGGUGUCCCAAAAUUUCAUUUUGAACCGUCACAAAAUGUGUCUGUGCUGACCGAAGAAGAUGUGGCUGUCAUUAUCAAGCUUAAACGCCCUGGAUUCUUCUACGAAGGAUUUCACCUACGUCAUCCAUUCUCUAAAUGGGUCGACUCUUCAAAGGCUACAGCCCAAGGUGGCUGCGAGGUACUUCUGUGGGAGAGCUGCUAGCUGAAGUCGAUUGGUCAAUGAAGUGCCUUCACGUAGGUGUGAAAAGUGACAAGGAAAAGAAAAACUUCUCAGCAUGGAACGAAACUAGCAAUCUGAGAGGGUUGAGAACUCGAGAGGAUUUUCCUGAAGAUUGUCCCGGUGAUACCAUCAUUAUGUCUUGCCAGUCAGUCGAUGUUGACAAACGAAAUGAUGAGCUUUCCUUUGUGGCCGAACCCAAGAUGCGAUGCGGAUUGACUGUGUGCGGGAUGGACACAAUUUGGAGUACUCAAAGUACAUCACUGAGAUUUUCGACAGUGUGGCAUACCACGAUGAGCCAAAGUUUCUGAAAAUAAAAGAAAUCAUCAAGCUUGUUCUCGCAGUAGAGUGGCUUAAGGAGAAGAUGGAUGAGAAAGACAUGAAAUUCAGCCAAGUUUGGAUCGAAGAGCACGUUCAAAAGCGAAAGCAAUUCCCAACCGAACGAAUCCAAGUGACUGUUCCUCCCCAAGAGGCUCAACGCCUUAUGAACAAAAUUGUGGAAGCCAAGAACGAUAAACAGCUUGCUCUGCCUAAUUUGUGUGGAUUGAGCAAGAAAGUAUCAAAGACAGGCUUUGAAGUUGGAACCACAACAAAUGUACUCGGCUAUAACAUUCCAGUUGCAUGCAGAGCAUCGUUCAAUGACUACGAUUCCCUUUUUGAAGGCCAAGAUCCAAACCAGCCAACUGAACUCGGUCUGCACAAAGACACCGGAAAACUAGUAAUUGGUCCACGACCCAAUGUGAAGUCUUGGAACGAGUUGUACAGUCAGACGGUCCCCCUGCCAUGCUCUGUUCCUUACACUGCUGAUGGUCUCAUAGGCCCCGCUAUAACUGGAGGUGUCUCUACCAGCAGCUUUAAAACAAAUCAAGUAAGACGUGAACACACUCGAACUACGGAGGAAGUUGUGGUACCAGCUGGACAGAGAGUAAAGAUGAAAUAUGCUGAUACUCCCAAGCCGAAGGCAACCGUUGCUCCAACUUCUGAUGUGGGUGUUACUACAGUACAAUUACUUUAAGAUCUGGAAUGAUUUGCAAAAAUCAACUGGUAUGAAAAACGGAGCAGGGUUUAUUGACAGGGUUUCCCACUCAAUCUCAACCGAAAAUGGAGCACAAACAUUGACUAAGAGGAAGGAAGUUGAAACACAUAUCUCAGCAAGAAUACCACAGCUUGAAAGACCUCGUUUGAAUCCAUCUAUGGAAAAUGAGGUUGGGCCUCCUUCCAUGCACCUCCGUCUUCCCCCUAAAACUGAAGCAUCAGACAAUGAAGUUGGACCUCCUUCCAUGCACCUCCGUCUCCCUCCUAAAACUGAAGCAUCAGACAAUAAGGUUGGACCUCCUUCCAUGCACCUCCGUCUCCCCCCUAAAGCUGAAGCAUCAGACAAUGAGGUUGGACCUCCUUCCAUGCACCUCCGUCUCCCUCCUAAAACUGAAGCAUCAGACAAUAAGGUUGGACCUCCUUCCAUGCACCUCCGUCUCCCCCCUAAAGCUGAAGCAUCAGACAAUGAGGUUGGACCUCCUUCCAUGCACCUCCGUCUCCCCCCUAAAACUGAAGCAUCAGACAAUGAGGUUGGGCCUCCUUCCAUGCACCUCCGUCUCCCCCCUAAAGCUGAAGCAUCAGACAAUGAAGUUGGACCUCCUUCCAUGCACCUCCGUCUCCCCCCUAAAGCUGAAGCAUCAGACAAUGAAGUUGGACCUCCUUCCAUGCACCUCCGUCUCCCCCCUAAAGCUGAAGCAUCAGACAAUGAGGUUGGACCUCCUUCCAUGCACCUCCGUCUCCCCCCUAAAACUGAAGCAUCAGACAAUGAGGUUGGGCCUCCUUCCAUGCACCUCCGUCUCCCCCCUAAAGCUGAAGCAUCAGACAAUGAAGUUGGACCUCCUUCCAUGCACCUCCGUCUCCCCCCUAAAGCUGAAGCAUCAGACAAUGAGGUUGGACCUCCUUCCAUGCACCUCCGUCUCCCCCCUAAAACUGAAGCAUCAGACAAUGAGGUUGGGCCUCCUUCCAUGCACCUCCGUCUCCCCCCUAAAGCUGAAGCAUCAGACAAUGAAGUUGGACCUCCUUCCAUGCACCUCCGUCUCCCCCCUAAAGCUGAAGCAUCAGACAAUGAGGUUGGACCUCCUUCCAUGCACCUCCGUCUCCCCCCUAAAGCUGAAGCAUCAGACAAUGAGGUUGGACCUCCUUCCAUGCACCUCCGUCUCCCCCCUAAAGCUGAAGCAUCAGACAAUGAGGUUGGACCUCCUUCCAUGCACCUCCGUCUCCCCCCUAAAACUGAAGCAUCAGGCAAUGAGGUUGGACCUCUAUCCAUGCACCUCGCACUGCCCCCUAAAGCUGAAGUAUCAGGCAAUUGUGAUAGCGGAUACUCAAGCAUUGCAAGUACCCCUAUGUCUGGAUCUCGUCGAUUGCUGUAACAGAAAAAACGAUUUAUUCGAUAUUUUUAGUACUGCUAUUGAUACUUUUAUGUAGCUCGAGUAUAGCAACACCUCACUAGUGAUGUAUAGAUGCAACCUUUUUAAGUUAGGCUAGUGGCUAGUAACGUAUAUUGUUCAGUGACUGUCUUGUUUACAAUUAAUUAUGAUUAUUGAUAUUUUAUUUGG